AUGGGUUUGACUGACAAGAUCUCUUCUAAGAUCAGCGGAAACAAGGAUAUCGAGAACAUCCAGAACGCCGACAAGGCUGGUGGUAAGGCCAUUGGCAAGGACAACAUCUCUGGUGAGUUGAAGAACCUUGACAAGGACCAGGCUGCCAAGUACGCCAACGACGCCGACAAGGCUGGUGGCCAGUACAUCGGCAGAGAGAACUUGUCCGGUACUGAGGGCGGUAUUGGCAGCAAGCUCUCUGGUCAGGGUGCUUCUGGUGCUUCUGGUUCUACUGGCUCUGGUGCUACUGGCUCUGAAUCUGGUACUGGUGCUGGUGCCGCUGGUGCUGGCGCUGCCGGUGCUGGAGCUGCUGGCGCAGGUGGUGCUGCUUACGGUGCCUCUGGAUCUGGCUCUGGUGCUCCAUCCUCUUCUGGCUACGGUCAGUCUGGUGCCCAGUCCUCUUCUGGUUACGGCCAGUCCUCCUCUGGUUACGGCCAGUCUGGCAGCCAGUCUGGAUACGGCUCUUCUAACGCCCAGGGUGGUUCUUACGAGAGCGGUUCUGGCUCCAACUCUGGCAGAGGCUACGAGUCCCACGAGCCUACUGGCAGCCUGUCUGCUUACGGCUCCUCUGGUCAAACUGGCCUGGGUUCUACCAGCCAGGGCCAGUACGGCAAGGACGCUCUUUCUUCUGGUAAGGAUGCCUCCAACGCCUACUCUUCUGGCGACAAGGCCGGAAUUGCCACCGGUGGUGCUGGUGUCGCCGCUGCUGGUGCAGGUGCUGCUGGAUACGGUGCUUCUCAGCUGGGCUCUGGUUCUGGUUCUGGCUCGCAAGGCAAAUCUGCCUAUGAGUCUGGCUCUGGUCCAAGAACCCACGGUUCCGACGCUUACGGCUCUGGCCGCUCUUCCCACGGCUACGACACUGCUUCUGGCGCCAAGACCUCUGGUGCUCCAGGCGGUGUUUCUGAGGGCUCUGCCACCACUUCUAGAUACGAUACUGAGGGUGGUGCCGACAAGUACGGUGCUACUGGUUCCCGUGGCCACGGUGCUACUGACGCCAAUGCUACUGGCUCUGGCUUGGGUGGCUCCAUUGGCGGUGCCGGUGCCGGUGCCGGUGGUGCUGCUGGUGCUGCUGGCGGCUACGCUGCUGGUUCCCACGGCUCCUCUUCUCACGGUGCUUCCACUGGUGCCUCUGGCUCUCAGGGUGCCUACGGUUCCUCCGGUGCUACUGGCUCCUCUGGUACUGGCUCUGGCUUCUCCACUGGUGACUCCUCCUUGGACUCCAAGAUCUCCAAAUUGGACCCUAAGGUUCAGGAGAAGGCCAAGGAUGCUUUCCAGAAGGGCUACGACGACGCUGUCAAGUCUAUUAACAGAUCUUAA